AUGGGUGGGAACUCAACCCAAUUGGUACGCACAUGCACACACAAUGAUUAUAAAUUUUUUAUUUAUUUGAAAAGAAGGGAAUUAUUCCUAGGUGUAGUACGCACAAAUAAAUCGGGUAACGACAACUACUUAAGGAACAAUAUCACUCAUUUGAUCACUUGCAGGAAACACCUUGAGACUAGAGAUGUCACUUGGAUUUACCCUUUAUUUUGGAGAACCACAAAAUGGCACUCCUUCAGCACGGUUAUAACUAAAUUUACUGGGGAAGGACGAGAAGAACACAUGAAUUUUGAACAAAUGGUGAGAAUCCUUAAAUCAUUAGUAAAGGGAAAACCACCAUGUUUGAGUGAAAAAAAAAACACUGAAAGAAAAGUCAAUUUAUUAUUACCAGCCAUAUAUAAAGAGUGUGAAAAGAAUUAUAUUCACUUUUCUUGUAUUUUGCACAAUUUUCACAAGUUGAGAAAUAAUUUGACAAAGGAGUAUAGAAUAAAGGUGUACAGUAAAUUUAGGGAUCUAUUUCUUCGUAACAUUAGUUUCUUUUCCAUGAAAGAAAUGACAAUCAUAUUGAAAUGUUUCUUAGAGGAGAGAAUUGCAAACUGUGAUAAAAUGGUGCAAUUCUGUCUAUAUAAAUUUAUAUAUUUCUUAUGUAUUGACAUUUUACACAAAAGGAAAAUCGACCAUUUCUUUUACUCCCGUUUUCUGUUUAUUUUACAUACAUAUUUUAAGGAGUGCAUAAAACAUUUUUUUUUGUUCAAUGUUGGGAACAUAAGCAAAGAACCAGAAAUGAACAGUUUUUACAACGCAGUGUAUAAUUCGAAUAGUAAAACUUUGGAUAAUAUUCAUAUGAAUUAUCUAAAAAAUGGAUUGUCCAGACAUGAGCAUAACUUUUUCAAUUUACAUGACGUAUCUUGUUUUAUGUAUUUACUCAAGGGAUGUAAUUUGAAUUGUUUAUCUUUGUACACAUUCUUGUCACAUGUUUAUGUGUCCCUGCACUUUUGGGGGAAUAUCAACACCCGCUUUCAUGAACAUAUAGAACAUUACUUUUUGAGAUAUGAAACGAAUCCCAAAUUUUACUUUUCUGAAAGGAAGCGUACAUGUGAAAGUAGAGAUCCGAUGAGAGAUGAAAAAUCCUUGGGGACACAUUCCAUUAGGAAAGAAGAGUUAGGGGUACACGGGGAAGACACGAGGGGGGAAGAAAUGGGAGAAGAAAAAAUGGGAGGAGAAAAAAUAGGAGGAGAAAAAAUAGGAGGAGAAAAAAUGGGAGGAGAAAAAAUGGGAGGAGAAAAAAUGGGAGGAGAAAAAAUGGGAGGAGAAAAAAUGGGAGGAGAAAAAAUGGGAGGAGAAAAAAUGGGAAAGGAAGAAGAGAUACUGGAAAGCAUGGCCGAUGGGGCCAGAGCGCACGACUCGAAAAAUAACAAAGUAAUAACAGUGAAAGAUGAAAUAAUGCAAUAUACGAAAAACUUAAUUGAAAAAGAGAAGCAUUACAAGCAUUUUUUUUUUUCACCUGAACAAAAAAAUGGGGAAAAAAAAAAAAGUAGGGGCAUACGAGAAAAUAUUCAUAGUAUGUGUGUUAUUAUUCAUAAUAGCAUAAAAAAGAAAGAGACGAAUAAAUUCACGUAUGUUUUGUCAAAUUAUUUGUUAUUAAAAUAUUUAAAUUUUAUAAAUUUAAUUGACAUAUGCAAUAUCUUUGAAUUGUUCAUUUUCGAUAGUACAGUUAUGGAAAAGGAGUCAACUAUUUACAACACUUUUUUUGCAAAGAUUCGAAACUUAAUCUUGGCUCAAGGAAACACAAAGACUCUUGCCAUAUUUUGCAUAAGCACCUCUCGUGUGAAGACAGAACUCAGCGUGUUAUUUAUGGAUGACAUUCUUUCUCUCUAUCGCCUCGUUUUGCAAAAAAAAAGGGGCCUAAACGGAGGGGGAGGAAAUGAGAGAGGAAAAAAUUUGGAAAGCAGCAAAAGCUGGUCAUUUCCCUUUGGAAGAGAAAAUACAGUAAUAUUUUGCAACAUAGCUAAUUUUCUGUUAGGUCAUAAACUCAGUUCAAUAUUUUAUUUGUUCUACUUGAGGAAGUUUAACGACUUCUUAAGGACCUUGCUUGUUCAGAACAAAAGUGACAAGUAUUGUGCCACAAUAAGUUUAAUUGACAUGUAUGACCUGCUUCGAACGUUUAUGAAUGUUUUAAAAAUUUACAAAAAAAAUGAUCAUUUCAAUCAAAGACGAAAAGAAGAAAUUUCAAUUCACUUAAAUAUAUGCAUUGUGCAUUUGUCACAUUUUUUGGAAUAUAUUUGUUUUAGAAAGAUAACAUCUCAGGAAGAUUAUUUUUCUAGGAAUGUGUCAACCAUGCAUGCAAACGCAGAGCGCUCGAAGAGAAUAAAAAUUAUGAACAGGUCAUGUUAUUUUUUUAAUUUGUUACUAGGUUUGUUUAAAAAAUUGCAAAUGGAAAAUAUUUUCAGUAGCAAAACUGAAGAAAUAUUUAUUCAUGCAUUAGCAUCUUUUAAGCGUAAUAUUUGCAAAGAUUAUGAAGACAUAAUUUUUAACGGUAAAGACAAAAGCAAAACUCAAAACAGCAAAAAUUACAUGCACGUUUUGAACUUUCAUUUUAUGAUAAACGAUGUGUAUGCUGUAAGGUGA